CAGCUGGUACGCCGGCGAGUCAGCUGUUGCUCCAGAUCCAGGGAAAAGUUAGUUGCCAUCGCGGCAGCCACGCGAAAAGUGACGACGAUCUCGCCGACUGUGUGUGUGUGUGUGUGGUGUGUCAUAAUAUCAUUAAUAAAAAUAUAAAACAAUAAUAGUCGGUGGCUGUGUGUGGCAACAGCACAAUUGCACUUCCAUCUCACUGAGAUCUGGGAUGUGGAAUCAGAAAUCUGAAAUCUGAAACCCGAGCCAAAACCCACCAGUCACCUCUGAUGCGUGCCUUCGAGCGGUGCGAUCGGUGCGCUUUUCUUUUCCUCCUUUUUCAGCUGUUCUCUCUGUCGUUUUUUUUUCUGUGUGUGAGCCAGUCGAGUGGCGGAAAAGUGCCGGGAAAAUGCACGUGGAGGAGCUGAGGGCCAGUCUGCAGAGCUUCGGCUGGCAGGAUUACCUGGUCUUCUGCCUGAUGUUGGCCAUCUGUGCCGUGAUCGGGAUUUACUUCUGCCUCCAGUUGCGAAGUGAGUCCAGGAAGCAGAAAACGCACGGUUCUGAGGAGGCUGCGAAUAGUGCCGCCUCCUAUUUGGUGGGCGGCAGGCAGAUGAAGAUCUUCCCCAUCACCAUGUCACUGAUAUCCAGCUUCAUAUCUGGAAUCACGCUUUUGGGCACUCCCACGGAGGUUUAUCUCUAUGGAGGUCAGUACAUGUACAUUAUGGGAUCGCUGGUUCUGAUGGGCUUCUGCAUGUACUACUUCUUCCUGCCGGUCUUUCACGAACUCAAUUUGAUAUCUACCUAUAAGUACCUGGAGCAGCGUUAUAAUAGAAGUUUGCGACUUUUUGGCUCUGUUAUGUUUAUUGUGGCAUCGCUCCUUUGGCUUCCGAUAGUGAUCUAUGUGCCGGCAAUAGCCUUUAAUCAGGCCACCGGAGUCAACAUCCAUAUAGUGACGCCCAUCGUCUGUGUGGUGUGCAUAUUCUACACCUGCAUUGGAGGUCUGAAGGCGGUGGUGUGGACGGAUGUCAUCCAGACCAUAAUCAUGUUCGGAGCGAUGGCCUUGGUCCUGAUCAAGGGGACCCUGGACAUCGGAGGACCCGGAGUGGUGUGGCAAAGGGCCCAGGAGACGGCUCGCCUGGAGAGGCCCAACUUCAGUGCGGAUCUGACCGAGAGAUACACGUUCUAUUCCCUGGUUUUGGGCGGUGUAGCCCAUUGGCUCAAAUCGAAUGCGAUCAGUCAGAACAUGAUCCAGAGGUAUUUGUCACUGCCAACGUUACGAGAUGCGCGAAUUGCCAUCUGGACCUUUAUAGCCGGCGUCUUGGCCUUCUUGAUGAUUUGUGGCUACACGGGUCUCUUGAUUUACGCCACCUAUGCGCAGUGUGAUCCGCUGGAAACCAAAUUGGCCCAGAGAAAUGAUCAGCUUUUGCCGCUUCUGGUGAUGGAGACUUUGGGCUCGUAUCCGGGACUACCUGGAGUAUUUGUAGCCGGUGUUUUCAGUGCCGCUCUGUCAUCGCUAUCCACCGGAUUGAACUCACUCUCCGCCGUGGUUCUGGAGGAUUUCGUGAAGACCUUUCGCAAGAGUCCACUGAGCGAGGCACAAACCGCUUUUGUGAUGCGAAGUGUGGUCGUGGUAUUUGGCAUUAUCUUCGUGGCCCUCGUUUUUGCCGUCGAGAAAUUGGGGGCAGUCCUGCAGUUGACCAUCACACUUUCGUCGGUGGCAAAUGGACCGCUUCUGGGCAUCUUCACCGCAGGCGUUAUGUUGCCAUGGGUUAAUUCCAAGGGAGCCCUGCUCGGCGGCUUCAGCUCGCUGGUGGUCAUGGCCUGGAUGUGUGUGAGUGCCCAGCGGGAUCUGGUCACCGGGGAUCUGGUCUACAAGAGGAAACCCUACUCCACGAUGGGCUGCAAUUACACGUUCGCCGGAGAACCGCGGGAGUUUGCCAGUCUGGCGCUAGAUGGUGACUUCAGCUCCAGCCCGAGUGGUCCCUUCCAGCUGUACCGCAUCUCGUAUCUCUACUUCACGCUCUUCGGAGCCCUGACCACCAUCGUCGUGGCCCUGGUCACGAGUCUCCUGCUGAGGGAAUCGGAUCUGGAUGGAGUGGACACCCGUCUGCUCACGCCAUUCGUGAGGCGUUGGUUGGAGCGACGUCGCCACCGACGAUCGGUGAUUCCGGAUCCUGGCCAGAAGUCCGGGAACAAACAGGAGACGAGAACGUGAUAAGGGGAUGAUUACCCCUGUCCGGUUGUUUGGGCGGUGGAGAAGGCUGACCGGCAUCAUCCUGGCAAUGUUCCUUUUUGGUAGCUUAGCAAAUAUUUAAAAUAAAACACAAUUCA